AUGGGACCAAGCAAGCCAACUAUGUCUGAUGCUACCCAGCUGUACAGGAGCGAAGCAAAGGCUUUACAGACACAGCUCCAGUUUAAUAGAAAUGUUCCUGCCGUUCCAGAGAACUUGGCUCUCCGAUUCUCUAACCCCCAUCCAAUUAUAAUAGAAAAACUGAAGGCAUCCAAUCAUCAGAGAAGUCUCACUGGAAGUGAGGACCCCAGCAUGAGAAGCUCCAGCAUGUUUUCAGUGGUAUCUGAAGAGAGACUGAAAUUGGCUAUUCAGCUAGCCAAAAGGGACAUAAAACGAAGACAACUUGAAGAGCAAGUGAAACAGCAAGUGUUUGGAGAUGCUGCCAGUAAACCACUGUUGGCUCAGAAGUCACGACAGCAGAAGGCUGAAGUAUUUGAAAGCCCAGAAAAUAAAAAUGCACUCAAGUCUCAAACUUGCUUGAAAUAUCAGCAGAAACUUGGUCAGGCAUCCAAAGUGGAGACUGCCACCUCCGGCGCUAAAGUUUAUCUCUACACACCAAAUGAGGGAAUGCUAAUCACAGCUGGUCUGGGCUCUCCACCCAGCCGUGGCACAGGGCCAGACCCCAAGCCAAACAUCAACAAAAAAGCAGAUAAAAGCAUGCAGGAAGUCCGACGGCUGCAUAAGGAGUUGAGGAACUAUGUCCAGAAGAUCGAAGAACUGACUAAAAAAGGUGGAGAGAGAGAAAUUUUAGAUCCUGAUAAAGAGCAACGAGUUUGCACUAGGAGACGGGAACAAGCUGCACGGUCAGCUCGGAUGCUUUAUGUACUCCAGCAACAGGUAAAAGAAAUUCAGGAUGAUUUAGAGAAAUUGAGUUCUCAUAAAAUCAAACAUACGAAAAAGUCUCGAGCAGUAUCCAGGUUGGCGGCAGCGCACAGAGGAGCUGUACGAGCCUUGCAGGCAUUUGCCAAUCAGUUUACAGAUCAAACAGAGCAGCAGAUUCCUACCCACUACAAGGAACUGGGCAGUCUCAUUCGACAACUCUCUCUAUGUUCUGCCAAGCUAGAAGUGGAUUCUUCCAUUUCUGACAUUAUCCUAGAUAUUUUGCUGCAAGUUGAAGAUCUGGAUUCACUGCUGGAAAAGAAACAAACACCCAAGAAAGUGAAGAAGUGUAUUUCAUCAUCUCAGGGCAAAUCUCCAAGGAACACUGAGACAUUUCCAUCCAGAAAGCAGCUUAUAUCUCCAAAAGGGGAAAACAAGCGUCUCAUUUUAAAGGCGCAACAUGGCCAAGAACCUAGAAAACCUCCAGCUUGUAGGAAAUGCUUAGUUGAAAGCUUAUUUUUGAUACAUGUUGCAGAUAUUUCAGCAGUUCAGAAGGCAAACAGUUGUGCUCAGAUAUUGCACAAUAAAUUCCAAGAAGACAGUGAACCACCUGCUCCAGAGAAAAAUGCCACUUCACAAGGAAGCGCAGAUGCAUUGCUGAGAGCUAGAGCUGUGAAAAAAGAUCCCAUGCUUGAAGGUGUCCCAUUGAAGAAGAAAGGUGUGUUAUUACCUGCAAAAUCACAGGGAACGCCAAAAUCUCUAAAAUCAAGAGAUAUACAGCCUCAAGCAAAGCACGCCCGAUUUCAAGAGGCAACUAUAGCUUUCCAGCUAAAAGAGAACAAACGACUUGCUAAGGAGAGUAGAAAUCCCUGCGUGCCUCCAAACCCUGCACACCCACCUGCUGCACCUAAGCGACUAGCAUGGCCUGAAGCAGAAACUUCAGGAAGAGUGAAGGUUCUCACUGACCUUCGCAGAGGUGAAAUGAAAAAAUACAAAAGGCAUAGGUCACGGAGUGCGUCUCCAACCCAGUGUGCAGACAGAGCUGAGAAGGCAGUACGGGCGCCCUUAGAACCUCUGUUGGGUAGGACACAGCAGGUUGCAGCAAAUGCAGAUAUUCUGAGUGAAAAGCUAUUGGAUGAUCUUUUGGAAGAUACUGCUCAGGAACUGAGGAGUAUGGAGCAGCAUGAGCGACUCCAGACCAAGGUUCUGCCUGUGGCUGACACUCACAGUCUGGAGUCAAUGUUGGAAAGAAUGGAAGAAAUUGAAAGAUACCAGGAGGUCAUACGCAGGAGAUUCACCCACAUUGUGUACAGUGAUUUGGAGUUCUGGGACAAGGAAGACAAAAAGGAUCAGCAAAUUGCAUCGAGUGCUGACAGACCUACCUCUCCCCCUCCGAUUCAGAUAACCACAUUCAUCGGGUGCACAGAGCCAGAAACGGACAUUUUAUUUGAAAAGCAUUUUGAUGGCAACAGUACUGAUGAAAACAAAGAAGCAGAGGAGAAACUGCAGUCUGGAAAUGACAUUCUGCAGCCCUUGACUUGGAAGUCUCUACAGAAAGAGGGCUGUGUGUCUCUCUCUGUGCCAAAACAUAUGCUCCAGAGCAUCUUGGAUUAUAACAGCAGAUACAAGCAUCACUUAAAGCUUAUUUCCCAUGAGGCAAUAGGCAGUUUCAAUCCCUGGCAGAUUGCUGAGAGUCUUGCAGAGCAGGUAACAGAAGAAGCCCUGAGUGACGUGGCAGCAGAGCUGCAGGAUGUUUGUGAGGAUUACGCAGAAGCUGUGUUCACGUCCGAAUUUUUGCAGCCAGCGCAGUAA